GUCACUCUUUUUGGAAAACCUAAACAAAAGGACUUGUUUUUACGAAGCGUGUAUAGUAGGUCAAGAGUCUAUAAUAUGUUUUGAAUAGUCAGUUAGAUAACCAUUUUCGAAGUGUUUUAAUAGUGAACGGACAUACACGUGAAAACGGAAAAGCUGGACAUAAUUUAAUUACAGUUAUAACAGGUGCGGAUCAAAGUAUGUCAGACAUUAUUGCCAAAACACAACGACUGAGCACUACGGAAUCAAGUGAAGACAGUCAGAGCUUUAUGUCGGCCGAUACCAGUAUUGGAAGUGAUGAAUACAUAGAAGAUAUCCUUUGGUUCGAAUGGAACGAUGACCAGGCUCUUCGGGAUCAUCUAUCUCGACAUGGUACAAGAAACAUCGCAUCCCUUUUAGACGACAGCCUUGAAGCAUGGAAAAGAAAGUCGGUAAAUAUAGCUGUCAUUGGGCAAAGCGGGAAAGGGAAAUCAAGUCUUAUCAAUGCACUCAGAGGUUUAACUGAAGCAGAUAAAGAUGCAGCUGCAGUCGGAGAGCAGGAAACAACCAGAAAAUGCACCCCGUAUAGCCAUCCUAAAUAUAAUAAUAUUAUGUAUUGGGAUAUUCCAGGAUGCAGUAAAGAAACUUUUGAAAAGAAGAAAUAUUUGCAACAAAUCAAUUAUAGGUAUUACGAUUAUUUUCUUAUUGUUUCUUCUGAAAGAUUCCUUGAAGCGGACAUUUGGCUGGCAAAGGAACUAAUGGAGAAAGGGAAGAGAGACAGAUGCUACUUCAUCAGGUCCAAAGUCGACAUUGAUAUGGCCAGUCGUAGAAGAAGAGCAAUGCUACAAAACGAAAUAUUUGAUGAAAGGCAGGCAUUUCAAGACUUUCAAGUAGUAGUCAAAGCCGAUAUGUUUAAGGCAUUGGGCGAUAGUACACCCUUUCAAUUAUUUCUUUUAUCAAGCCAUUUCCCAAAUAGAUACGAAUUCCAAAACCUUCAAGUGAAGUUAGUUGUGGAUGCACUUGCCGAGAAAAGGUUUUCAUUAGCUUUUGGAAUGAACAGCUUGGCACAGCCGUUACUGGAUUACAAGAGACGGGUACUUAGUGACCGGCGGAAGAAAGUUGCACUACAAGCGUGCAGUUGCAUGCCCGAAACCCCCAGUGGUUUAAAGAUCGUAAGUACCAGGCUUCCUUCUAUCAAUGCCGAAUUGGAAUUCUACAAGGAACAACUCUCUUUGGAUGAUACUGGCCUAAACACGGUUGCUUGUAGAGCGGGAGUUACCGUUCAAGACCUGAGGAGAACAGUUGAAUUGAAUGCACCAGUCUUGUCUGACUCAGAAAUAAGUAACAUUUUAUUAGAAAAGUACAGAUAUUACCUUGAAAAAGAAGGCAAGAAACCUCUUGGUAAAACGAAGUUAUUUUUCACUGGACAGCAGAAAAUUGCAUUCAAAGCAAUCAGCAAAUUUCUAGAUGAACAAAUGAACACCUAUAUUAAGGAUACAGACAAACUGAUAGACUAUGUAAAGACAACGACAGAAAACAAUACAGUGUAGAGUAUUAUAUAACUAAAUAGAUAUCAAAUAUGCACAUGCACAUGAUAUUCAAACAUUUCUUUCUUUUCUUUCAAAAUAAUUUGUGUGCAUAUGCAACCGUGCAACGCGUCAAGGAACACUGUACGUUUGAUUAAAUGUAAGUUUUCGAAAUUGAAACAGAAUCUAUUUGAAAGACUGCUCUUUAAAUUAGCAACCUGAUAUUGAUUACAAAACUCCACAAGGUAAAACUAUGUCGAAAUCAUGAAACAUCAUUCUUUCUUAUAUCAGCAGGAAUUACCGUUUAAGUCCUGAAAGAAAAUGUUGCCUUGAAAGCAGACAUGUCGUAUGAUGAAAUCUUACAUUUUUAUCAAAAGGCACGGCCACUUUUUUAUAGGAACCUGCACCAAUGUUUGGUCUGUACACUAUAUGGAAUGUAUACAUGCCUUUUUUUUUCUAAUCAAACUGUAGUUCCACUGAUCACAUGUAGAAUAUGCUUGCAGAUUAGGUAGCAGCCACCAUAGUAGUAGUAAUAUAAAUAUUCCCAAGGUAGUGAACCCGUAAUGACAAUCAGCAAAAACGUAUUUUCUGUAUUUCAAAGCGGCAUUUUUCGGGAUUUUACGAAAUGGUAUUUAUUUUACGCCUAAAGAAUACCGAAUUACGUAACGAAAAUACAUAAUCGCACAGAAAUUGCCGAGUGUCAUUACAGGUCUACUAAUUUGUAUGUAUUCCACACUGUAUGUAGAAAUAGAUGAUUCAGAAGAAGAAACAUGGAACUGUCAUACAGGAAAAACAUCUAUAUCUUUGAAGGUAAAAAUUUGUCAAAAAGAAUAUCUCAUGAUAUUGAAAUUACAAUACUUUGAUUUUUUGAAUUUAUUGAAGAACUUUAUUUUAUUAUGCCCUAAAACUUAUUGUCGUUGAUCAUUGCAAUGAAUGUAUUUAGACAAGAAGUAUGCAAGACACCGCUAGAUGAUAUAGUACUAAAGUUUUCAUAGAAAUGCUGUAAGUGGAUAAAUAUAUCAUAUCGAAUCCAAAUUUCAAAACCUUCAUUGGUAGACGAUUGUUCUUAUUUUUAUAAUUAUUUUUAGAAUUGAAAAAGUAAAUGUUACCCAUUGUUUAAAAAUGAUACUGUUGUAUAUAAUUUUAUAUUAAUAUAUUAUAUCAUUUUAAAUCCAAAACAAAGUGGUGCCACUCAAUGUUAAAUAGAAUGCCUUUAAAUCGAAAAUAUUUGUGUUGUACGUUUUGUAUAAACAAUAUAGUAAUAUGUUACAUUUGACAUAAAUGAUUGGCCUCUCUUUAAAAGUACUUUAAUACCUUUUUUGUUAAAAGUAGUUUCACAAAUGUGACAUUUUCUCAAUUUAUCAUGCGCCGAUUAUUCCCAUUUUGCUGCUUUGCUAGCCAAUAUUAAUUUUAAUUAUUGACCGCAGAGCUAACACACGUAUACAAUAAUGACAAUUUACAGUGGCUACCAUGUUGAAUAUCAGUAUCGAUAUCAGUAUACAUGGUAUAUUCCUUGUUGUUUGCUACAUUCUAAGGAAACACAACAAUAAACAUGUUUUGUGCAUUAGACUUGGUAUGUUUUGUUUCAUUUUAAAUUGUACAUUCUCAGAAUCGAUAUAGUCCGUUCUGUCAAGUCUUCCAUAAAAAUGACAGAUAUUUUCAAUCUGCGUGCUAAAUUCGUUCUUAUAAUGUUAAAUUAAUAAACACACCACGGAAACUAACAAACAUCGUCAACUUUUUAUGGAUACAUAAUUUGUAGUAAUAUGACAUGAUAUGUAUAAUGUCAUGGCAACAUACGUAUUAAAGACAAGGAGAAUUCGAUGUUGUCCGCCAUAAGACAAUAGUGUUUAUACUAACGAUUUGUUUUUUUCUUUUGGCGAGUAUUGCCUUAUGGCUGACAGUUUAUAAAAAUGUUCAUUAAUAAUCAGAUUCUAUUACUAUUAAUAUACAGAUAUGUAUUGUAUAAUUAUGUAAAUAAUAAUAUAUCACAAUGCCGAAAAGAGGAGCUUAUUCGAGGGUUGAGGGUGAACGAGGUCUUAGUGCAUAUAGUGGCGUUUUAGGAAUAAGAAUAAAACGGAUUCCGGGAAACGUCAUAUACAAGGUGUCACAAAAUAUGAGUUACCAUUUUGUAUACCUAUAUUGUCUAUACACAUCUGUAAAAAUUAUUAGUUACACAGCUUGUUGGUGACAGGAUACGGGAUAUACGCUGUCGUGGAAAUCGCCUGAUAUGGCUUUCCUCGACAACGUAUUUCCCGUAUCCUGUCACCAACAAGCUGUGUAACGAUUUUAUCUUGCCGACUUCCCUUUACUUACAUACUAUAAUCUAAUACUUUGUAAAUUAACAAAGCGGCAGCCAUUUUUUAAUCAAAAUUCAUAUCUGAAAUGUACUAGCAGGAUAUGGAAUAUAUCCUGUCUCCACGUGACGUCUAUUGACCAAUAGAAAUGAAAGAAACUUGUAGGAGGCUAGAUGAAAUGUUAUCAGACAGAGUUAUCUUAUUGUGCACACUUUUGAAUUUCGUUUGAUAUAUAACAUGUAUAUAUUUUACACUCAAUAACGAUAGUGUUUUUCAUCAAAACAUUUUCUGGUUAUUAUCAUUUUUGACUUUAUCAGACUGACUACUAAACAUGAAACCAAAGUACGGAACACAAAAAAUUAAUUCAACUUUUUGUGUAAACUAAUUAUAAGAUAUGCAUUCCUCAGCAAACUUGAUGUCUUUUUAUUUCAGAUACAAAGCUCUUUUUCAAAUAAGCAUAUCCUUUGAGUCCACAGAGACAUAUUUAGAUAUGCUGAACCAAUCAUAUGUUUAAGUAAUGAAUUUUACAGCAGAUAAUAGAAAGAUAUAGAAAAGUCAAUUUACAAUUUUACUAGAUCACAAAAGAUGAAAGUAUGCUACGUAUUUGUGUAUACAUAAGAAAAGAUUUUAUAUCGAGUCUCUUUUGUAUAAAGAAUAGAUAUUUCAUGUAGUUUCAUUUUGUAUUCACAAUGUAUCAUUUUGUUAAAUAUUAUAUCCCAUUUAUGUUUUUAAGUUUUGCCUCGUGAAGUCAUAUUUCUGAUUAAACUGAUAGCAUAUAAUUAAUGUAUACCAGUUAACAUAUUUAACUCAACGAAAUUAUAAACAUUAUAAACAUUUAUACAAACUUGGCUUUCAAUUUCGAACAUGUUACCACUGUUUGAAUUUAGAACAGUCACACUUAGGUUUUCUGUAGUAAGCCAUUUACUAGAAUAAGUCAAAAGUUUUCCCGCCGCCAAAAAUGUAUUUUCAGAUCAGUCAUAAUGAAUGCCUUUUUUAUUGUGAGCAAUAUUUUGUGAGCUAAUGAUCUCAAAAACAAUUUGGGUCAUCUACAGGUCAUGGCAAUCUAAAUAUAUUAAAUUAUAUCCUAAAAAAUUCUAAUAUCUAUAGUUUAUGCAAACUAACCACACUUUCCUAACCAGAAGAAACAAACUUUACAUAUCUCUAUAUAUCAAAGGUUAUCAUCUCACUUAACAGCUGGUUAAUUGUUUACAUGUUAUGUACGCAGAUAUUGAUGAGGUCAUACACAUCAACCUGUUUUUACAAUUUAAUAUCAAGAAAAAAACAUAAUUCCACAAAUCUCCGAUAAUCGUGGUAAUCCUUCAUCACCACCAAAUUAUAAAAUACUUGUAUCUAAGUCAAAUGUACCACAUGAAAGGCGAAAACUGUAGAAAUAAAAAUGUAAACAAAAGGAUCGUGUGAAUUAGGUCACGGUCACCCGAAAAGGUCGUAACUUACGGUGUGUUACGAAAAUGGCCGAAACUUGACACGUGACCCAAGUAUUUUUUCUUAUUUUUUUUUUAAAUAAUAAAAUAUAUAAAUAUAAAUAGAUGAUUUAUCAUUUAAAUAAAGUAUUAGUGUAUCACGCAUCUACGAAUAAAAAAAUCUGUACAGGAUCGAAAACCUGUCACGUGACUUGCUCCAUGACCAACACGCGAAAAACAAUUAGCAUACCAAUAAACCCGCCGUCAGGAAACGAAAUAACCACACGUACGAACAAUGAAAAUUAAAUAACAAAUAUGUCCAAACCUACGUAUCCUGAACCCACGAUGAGCAACGUUAGAUUUAGUAAAUAAUGUCAUUUGUUAUGUACAAUAUUUUUGCAUGAAAUAAAUAUAACUGCAUACUACGUUUUCAAUGUCAUUGAUGAAUAUUUCUUUGUUGUGAUGUAACUUUAUUCUUGUAGUGGUAUACUAAAGAGAAAAAUACUUAUUUGGAUAUACAGAGUAAAAUAUACAUUUGUAUUUUCUGAUAGUUAGAAUCUGAGAGUGUUAAAUGAAAUAUUUUGACAUACCAUUAUUGAAAUAAGCAUUAAAGAUAUUCAAUAUCCAUAUUUCACUAAAAUAUCUUAUCAUUAUAUAUUUAAUUCAAAUUUAGCAAAUCCUCAUGUUUUAUUUGAUUUAAUUUUACAAAUAAAUCAAGUGGAGAGAAUUACUGUAAGCUGUCUAGCAGUUUUGAAUUAAAUCCACUUGUCUUGAUAUUUGUAUUGUAUGAAUGUUAUACGUAUACGUAUGAAUAUUAUAUGCCACGUAUAUCUUGAUAAAUAGAUAGGUUUAAACCAAUUAUAUCAAAUAAUUGUAUAUAAAAAGAUAAGUUGAUUAUAAAAACAGUUCCAGUUUUUAUACGCCCGAAGGGACGUAUUAUUUUAUGACGCCGGUGUCUGUCUGCCCGUCCGUCCGUUCGUUUGCGAUUUCGUGUCCGCUCUGUAACUCUUGAACACUUUGAAGGAUGUCGAAAAAACUGUUCACCACAUCGAGACGACGUGCAAAUCGCAUGUUUUCGAUGGCUCUGUUCAAUGUCAAGGUCACACGUAGGGUCAAAAGUCAUAUGACUGCUUCGUGUCCGCUCAGUAGCUCUUGAACUGCUUGAAGGAUGUUAAAGAAACUUGGCACAAAACGUUUACCAUAUCAAGACGAUGUCUAGAGCGCAUGAUUUAAAUACCUUCGGGCGUAUAUUGCUCCGAACUGCGGCGCUCUUGUUUAGUUGUAGUACCUAUUUGUACUGGGUUUAGCCAUAUAUCUAUCAUGUGUAUACUAUUUUAAACAUAUUGCAUGGUACUGAUAAUACAAUGUCAUACAAACCUGUUGUUUGUAUGUUUAAUUAAACUAUGUAUGAGAAAAAAAUUCGGUACUAAAAAUACGACAUUUUGGUUUAGUGUAUCUUUUCAUGAAGAAAGCAUGUGUAGCACAGUUAUGCAUGAAAUGGAACGUAUAGUAUACGUAUAAUUUUCAGCAUUCCUUGGUUGUUAGAGAAAUUGAUAUAUGGACUGUUUAACGGUGUAUUUAUUUCACAGUUUAGCAGUUUUGCAAUUUUUAUCAAUUAUUACAUGAAAAAAAUGCAAAUACUGCUACGGACAGUAAAAAGAUUUUGAUAUUGUUUUUACAACAAAGCUCCAUAGCAUAAAACAUAAAUAUAACAUUGGAAAAUACGUAAGGCAAGUAACUAUCAUUGCUGGAAUGCUAUUCAUUAUCGUUUACCUUUCUUGAGUCUGCAAUGAUGCAUGUUUGUAAGGAACAUUGACGAUGACUUUAUCAGUAAUGUACUAUUGCAUUGACAAUAGGAAGCGUGUUUUAAUGUUUGAUUCAUAACUGCUAUGCGAUUGCCAUAAGGUUAUGACUUUUCGUUUUAUGUCUAUCGCGUUUUUGUUUGAUGUGUUUUCUGUAGUGUCAUAGCAACACCAGUUUGUAGAAUUUCAACUGUUUAGGUUCUAAAUCAGCAGUUUCAUUUAGCAUGUGGAUAUGUUCAACGAAUGACAUUUGAAGACUGAUUGAUAUUAUGAUUUAUGAUGAUAUAAUGGUUGAGACAGGCUAGUAGACAGUCUUGAGUAAUGUCUCAAGUAAUGUGCAUGCAAAAAAUAUACAAAAAAAGCUUCGGUUUUAAAAAAGGGAAUAGAAUUUUUUACACAAUUUUCAUACGAAAAUAUGUCAAAGUAUCUAUUUCAGUUACAAACACUAUUUUUUUAGUUUCUGGAUUGAAUUCUCAAAAUGUGUGUAUCGUACUAACAAUUAUGCAUACGAGAUAUUAUUCCUGUCGAAAGCCAUAUGAGCAUGACUAAUUGAUAUUGCUUAUUUAGAAUUUGUAUGUUGCAGAGAAAUGUAAACUAUUUAAACUGCAAUGUCAAAUGUUGUGUACUUAAAAAGGACAUCCACUUAAUACUAUGUAUCUGCUUUAUUUUGACAACUAAUAGAAUACUUAAUUUUUGCACAUGUUAUAUACAUUUAUGUUCAAAUAUUUUCAAACAAGUAAAUGUUGAAAAUGCAGUCGUACAUUUAAUAUUUGUAUUUAUAUGUUAUUAUUUUAUAUCAGCUUUUUCCUUUUCCAAGGUCGUGUAUAACGCUAAAUGAAUUGUUUUCGCCAAAUCUUUAAACGUUAAAAUCUGUUUUGUUAUGUUAAGAAAAUACAUUAACCUAUACAUCUUUGAAACGGUAUUUUAAACAAACAAAAUUUAUCAUAGCUUUUACAUAGAAAAAGAUAUAUGUCACUGAAAGAAAUUAAAUGUCUUACCCAUUAUACGUUUUUGGACAAAGCUUCUAGUAUGGGUACCUUCCCGUACCCAUAAAUUUACUGCAUUAGAUCUAUACACUGUUCCUUGCUUGAUAGAACCAUGUCACAAAUUGUUGGUUUUUGUUUAAUUCCACGACAUUUUCAUAUGGUUAUAGGGUUAAACCUCUUUGACAACACAUAAUGGGACAUUAAAUUGAUUUGAAGAUGGAUAUCACAAUUAAGUAACUUUCAAGCUGGGAAUACUGAAUACUGCAUAAAAUACAGUAACACUUUUAUAUAUAUAUGAUCUCCAUUAGCUGAAACACUUGACCACAUAUUGAAGAUGGGCAGACACUUUAUUCCAUUUAGUGACCUUUAUUAUUUUGUAGCAACGAUAAUUGUUACCAGUUUUGUCUUAUAAAUGUGUAGGUUUACAUAUCUUAAAAGCAAAUCUCGCAUAAGUUUUCAUAAAGUGCUAUAAGCUACUUUAAAAGACAUUAGUUAGCCUUUCUAGCUAUUCAAUUUUUUUUUGUAAUGCAUGUUACAUAGAUAAAGUAAAUGAUACAUUUAAUAACUAGUAUAAUAUAAACAGUUGAAUAAUA